AUGCUGUCUCGCUCUACCGCUAUCAACCGCAUUAACAACAUCGCUCGCAACCUCACCACCACAGCGACUCGUAACAAGUCCACCAUGUCUGCCCAGGUCACUCGUACCCCCACCAAGACCGUCUACGCUCAGGAGACUCCUGAGGGUGUCGGCGCCACCGUCCGCCGCUCGAUCGGCACUUAUGCCCUGCGCAACCUCUCUCCCUUCCUCAUGCUCGACCACGCCAAGAUCCAGAAGGGCUCCGGAUUCCCGGACCACCCGCACCGUGGCCAGUCCACCGUCACCUACUGCCUGAAGGGCAAAAUGGGCCACGAGGACUUCACCGGCGCCGCCGGCACUCUUGAGCCGGGAGACGUGCAGUGGAUGACUGCCGGCCGCGGCAUUGUUCACUCUGAGAUGCCCGUCUUCGACGGAGACUACGAUGAGGUCGAGGGCAUGCAGCUCUGGGUCGACCUGCCCGCCGACAAGAAGAUGAUCGAGCCGUCGUACCAGGAGAAGAAGGCUGCCGACAUUGACACGGCCAAGCCCGCCGACGGCGUCACGAUCAAGGUCAUCUCGGGCAAGUCGCACGGCGUGGAGGGCUUCGUCCGCCCCGUUGGCGGAUGCUGGUUCCUUGACGUCCGCCUCGAGAAGCCCGGCGCCACUGUCUUCCAGGAGAUCCCCGAGGGCUGGACCGGAUUCGCGUACAUCAUUUCGGGCUCUGCUCAGUUCGGCGAGGAGGCCACGCCCACGAACAAGUUCAACACGGUCGUCUUCUCGGCCGAGCCGGGACAGAACGGUGUCCAGAUCACCCGCCCCGAGGGUACGACUGAGGAGACCCGCCUCCUCGUCAUCGCCGGCGAGCCCCUCGACCAACCCUGCGUCCAGCACGGCCCCUUCGUCGUCACCUCCCAGCGCGAGGUGCUCCAGGCCAUGGUCGACUACCAGACCGGCCGCAACGGAUUCGAGAACGCCCCCCGCUGGAAGUCCAAGCUCGGCGCUCCUCUCCGCGGCGACUAA